GUACUUCCCGCCAGCUCACGCUACGUCACCAGCCGGCGUUUUGUCUACAAACAGUAUCCAACAAAAUAAAUCUAGAAAAAUCUGCUAAAAAACAUGAUGGAUAAGCAAUGCAAAUUACUAUUUAGUUUGCUAGCUCUAUCUCUUGUAUUGGUAUCUGCCGCUCAGGAAUCAAUCAGCAAAGAAAUAACAAUAACAAAUGUUGAAAGAACGAUCAAUUUAAAAACUCAUAUUCCGAAAGUGAUCAGCCUUCUUACCUUGGAAACAACAAGCGCAUCUGGAGUCCAAUCAUUCCAUUACGCUAUAGAAGGCUAUUACAGGAAGCAUGUACAAUACGUAGGUGCUGUCUUCAAGAAAAAAGACGAGGAUGAUGAGAGAUUGGUAGCAACACCGGUAAAAGUUACCGGCCAAAGUGGUAAAUUAUUUUACAGAAUUGAUCUUAAGAAAAAGCUAAUCCCCGGAAAGAAUGCCGUGGUUGAAGUUGAAAUUUUUUUGGUUGACUCCCUGAAACCCUACCCAUCUGAAAUUUCUCAAACCGAAAAGCAAUUGGUGAAAUUUGAAGGCAAUGUUUAUCAAUAUUCUCCUUACAAAAUCUCCAAGCAAACCACUACUGUCAAAUGUGCCUCUUCAAACAUAGUCAGUCAUUCUAAAUCACCAAAGCCAGUAGAACAGAAGGAAGCUGUUGUUACUUAUGGUCCAUAUGAAGAAAGAGAGCCUUUCACCGAAGCCGCUUUAGACCUCCAUUUCGAAAACCACAGCCCCUUCCUUACAGUUUCCAAUUUGGAGAGAUUGAUAGAAGUUUCACACUGGGGAAAUAUUGCUAUCGAGGAAUCAAUUGAUAUCCGCCAUGCGGGAGCAGUUUUAAAGGGUUCUUUCUCAAGAUACGAUUACCAACAUAGUAGGGAUCAGGGAGCAAGCAUCAAGAGCUUCAAGACAUUAUUGCCAGCCGCAGCCCGAGAUGUUUAUUAUCGGGAUGAAAUUGGAAAUAUUUCUACAAGCAACUUGAAGGACUUGGACGAUGCCAUGGAAUUGGAACUCCGCCCACGAUUUCCUCUCUUUGGAGGUUGGAAAACCCAUUACGUUUUAGGUUACAACGUCCCAUCAUACCAAUACUUAUAUCAUUCCGGCGAUCGAUUUGUCCUAAAGCUACGCUUCGUUGAUCAUAUCUUCGAUGAUCAAAUCGUCGAGCAGGCAAGAGUCAAAGUUGUUUUACCGGAAGGUGCUUCUGAUAUUAAAUUGAAAACUCCAUACCCAGUUAAGAGGGAAGGAGAUGAACGUAUUUAUACUUAUUUGGAUACUGUUGGAAGACCAGUUGUUGUUUUGAGUAAGGAAAAUUUGGUUGAAAACCAUAUUCAAGAUUUUGAGGUUUACUACACUUACCGUCGAUUCUUUAUGCUACAAGAACCUUUACUCGUUGUUGGAUUUCUUUAUCUACUUUUCUUGUCGGUUAUCAUUUACAUGAGGCUUGAUUUUUCAAUAACCAAAGACGAAGCUGAAGAAAGUCGUCUCCGAGUCAGUAGUUUGAUAGAACAACUACAAGCCGCCCAUGAUAGAAGAUCUGCUCUCGUCCAAUCCUAUGAAGAUGCCAUUAAUAAAUUCAAAUCGUCUAAAGACAGUAAUGCUUUCACAUCUGCUAGAAAGAAGAAUGACGCCGACUACAAGCAGUUGACUGGGCAAAUUGACUCUAUUGCUCAAAAGCUAAAAGCAGAACAGUCUGAAGAGGCCGACAAGGUUGCCGAUUUGCAAAAAUUGGAUAAAGAACUUCGAGAACAAGUUCUUGCCUCAGUGACGCAUGCUGAGAAAUUAGUCGCUGGCAAAUUACAAAAGCAACAUUAUUUGGAAUUGGAGCAAGCCGCCGCUAACAAGCGUAAUGAUUUGUCAGCGAAAAUGGAUAAUUUGGUUGCGUCUAUGUAA